AUGGAUCAAACCACAACGCAUCGAAGGACCAGCAGCGGCUCCACGGUCCGAGCAACUGCGAGCUCCCAGACAGGGGUUCAUUCUGGCUCCCAGUACACUCCAGUCACCCCGUCAGUCCGUGCGUCUCUUUGGGUACAUGACGACGCAUUCUCCUCUGAGGAUGUUCUCAUCAAUGAAGCCAUCUUGGCAGGCUCAAAUAUCCAGGAAGGCGGCUUGAUCAAGAUCUUUCCAGGUACCGAGACUUCGGAGGUCCGAGAUUUUCAAUCCCCCAACAGUGACCAGGCUGAUUCCAGGCGCAACACUGGCUCUUUGGCCGAAGCUGGAGAUUUCUCUCGCAGAGGUGACUACUACCUCUGCAUCGCCAAGUUUGCAUCUGCCGAGUUCAAGGCGAAGCAGGCCAACCUGCAAGUCUCGAUCAAGAGUAAUAUCGCGACGGCUUUCGGAUUUAGGCCGCGCUCCCACGUGCGCAUCCUCCCUGCGUCUUUCGAGGAAUCCACGGCAUCUCAUGUGGAAUUCUGCUUCAGGGAUACCUACCUCGCAAGAUCGGACAUGUGGCGUCUCGUCGGACAAGAAUUGGCGGGCACGACAGUUUACGCUGGCCAAAGAAUCACGUACUUGGGUAGCAUCAAGCUCACCGUGAAAUCUAUUCAUGUUCGAAACCACAAAGCGCCCACUGCAUAUUUUGCUGGAACCACGAUCCCAGUCUUCCGCAGUGAAGCUGCUCGGUACGUGCUCUUCAUACAAAUGUCCAGCGAAAUGUGGGAUUUUGAUUCCGAGGGUAAUGGCGAGAUCAUGUUCAACCGCGUCAUUAACGGUUUUCUUCCUGAGCUUUUUAAAAGAUGGACCGAUUUGGAUGUUCGACACCUUGUCAGCAUCGUCCUUUUUGGGCGGCUGGAAUACGAUCGCUUUGAUCUAGCACGGAAUAAGGAUAGAAGGCUAGAAACGGCACCAAUGUCAGGGUCUCCCAACAUGACGGCUCGCCAAUACCAGGACUUCUACAGGGUGGUCGUCACAGAUAUGGCCAGUGCACAAUGGACAACAAUUUUGGAUGAACUUAAAAAGGACUUUCGUGUCUUCUUAAGGGACAUUUCCCUACACACUUCCAACAAGAAGGAGAUCACAGCAGAAGACGCCAAGGCGCUACCUACGCGCAUUGCAGGCAGGCCAAGCGCCGCACUAAAGGGAAAUAUAUUGGAAGCUAUUAACAUUGCCAGCACUCAGUUCGCCCACGACUUUGAGGACCGAGACCUGAUUCGGACUGGUGUUUCAAUCGUGGUUGUCACAGCAGGGACAGGGGUUUUCGAAGUCAACCGAGAUUUGCUAAACCUAACGUCCCAAAAUUUAACCAACAAUGGCGUCGGCAUUGACAUCGUUUGUCUGUCGAGGAUGCCUUUGCACUCUGUACCUCUGUUCAAAUACCGGACUUCUGGAGUCGAGGAAUCAUCUCUGUCCGCGGUAGUUGAGGAUUUUAGCGCAACCGAACACAAAUACGGAUCUGGGCCAAGCUUUUUCGAUUCCAGCCAGCCUCGAAAACUCUCCCCAGCACUGUCAUCUACGGCCACGAAUAGCACACAGUACUUUGCGAGCUUUAUUUCAGGGCGAAGUCAUGAAUAUUCCCAGGGGUGGAGCUACGGCAUUCCGCAGUGGGUUGACCUUUCAUACUGGUCAGCCGAGGCCGAGCCCGCAGAGAUGAGAUUUCCGGAGGAGGUCCCCAAGGAUGCAGACGGUAUCUCAAAACGCAAAAAGGGCUCUUUCUUGCCUCGAGUGAGGAUGUACGAGAUCCAGAUGAUGGGGCUCAUGGAACUAGGCAUGGCAGACAUGAUCAUCCCAUUUAUGACAGAAACUCAAGCACCGCCCACAGGUUCACACAAACCCACUCCCUCGAAACGCAGACGAGCAACCGGAAGCAGGAGUCUGUCGCAUUCGCCCACUCUAUCGCGCAAGAGCCGCCUUGGCCCAGAACCUCCGCGGGUGGCCCAGGGGUUACUGUCCAUAAAUGCCAAAGCAUUGGGAGACAUAUUCGAGCGUAUGGACGGGUAUGACUCAGCAUUGUUUGAAGUACAGUCAACCGCAGAGACCAAAUCUAAAGCCAGGAAGGCAGCAAGCAACCGUCUGGUAGGGAGUGAUACCGCCUCCUCGACCCAGCCAAACAAGCUUCAGCCUGGGAACGAAGCACCAAAAUCGGGAUCCGGAUUGACGAAGGUGCUCACCAACAAGUCUUUGAAUUCGCCUUUCCGUCCACAGCUCCCGUCCCUGAUCUCGGCAGAUGCUUCAAGUCCUCUACUAGCAACUACAAAAGCCCGGGAAGCAACAAAGGUUAACCGGACGCUGAACUAUUCUUUGAGAGGGUUGGCUCCACCUGUUCGUGCUGUUGCUAGUACCGAAGUAAAUGUCACUAACGUAGAGGCUCACUCGCCAUUCGGUAACCUUGGCCACUCGCGACCGACAGCGUCGACCUCAGCUGCUAGCAUACGCUCAGUCUCCACGAACAGUGUACUUGGAGACAAGCAUAAGGAAAACUCUGCUUCUUUGGAAAGGUCAAACCCUCGGUUUUCCGGUCGGCCAGAAGACACGCCGUCGAAGCCAAUUUCGAUAAAUGCGCCUUUGCGAAAGAUUCAAGACGAUAUCCUCGCUGGAUCUCAAAGAUCAAGUUCCACAACCCGGAGAGUCCAGACCCAUCUGUCCACUUCAAAGGAUGAUCUCAGAUUGAACAAAGAAGCGGACAGCGAGUCAUCACACUCUUCGGGAAGUGAUGGAGUAAGCGACCCGGAUAGCGUAGAGCCGACUGAAAGUCAAUUCGGAGCAUCGGUCGCCAGUUCUGUCCCAAGAAGUACUCUCCCGUUUGUACGCAAUGUCAACGCAUCAAAUCCUCUGAAGCGACAUCCCGAAAGAGAGUCGUUCUUCGGCAGGUGGCAGCAUCUAUACCCUCGAAAACCACGUGCUGCUACCGUUAAGUGGAAGUCUCUGUGCACUCCUGCGUCGGUCCCUCUGACAACAGAGGAUUUUCCGACAAAGGAUGAACUUGAGAUGGAUUAUGAUACUGAAAGCUACGACGUCAUUUUGGCUAAUCCCAACGACAUGCUCGAGGAGCCCGAGUCACGCGACAUACUCCUAGGCGAGAUGUUGGCCCUGAGGUUCGCUCAUGGCUAUCAACUCGUAGUUGGACCGUGCUUACUCGAAGCCGUCGGGCCCGGUACGUGCGACACUUCUUCGUUCUUCACACCGAAUCUUGUUCGCCCUGAUGGGUCCUUUAUUGUCAUGUCAAUGGGAAACACGAUACAGAAGCUGUCCCUUGAAGCGAAAAAUCGCAUUCAGGUGACCAAGUAUAUUCGGAGACCACCAAAUGUCCAGCCUCCUUUUCCCCAAGAGAUCCACUACUAUCCCAAUAUCAGAACCAUUCUGUCAGAAGCAUACAGGAUACGAGAUAUGCAGUUCAACGGAUUUUCCGAGCAGUACCCAUGGGAAGCGGCCGACAGGUAUUUGGCUGACUUUAGGAAGCAAAAUGAUGUAGACGUCAAAGCUCUCCGCUUCUGGCGAGCAAGAUUCGUACUCAUCCCAGUGGCGCCUCCAGCCAAUUCCUGGAGGCCAACACUCUCCGAAGCUGAAGAAAGUGAAGAAGAGAUCCAUUUGCGCGGUAUUCGAGCACUAACGCAGAUGUGGCAAAAAGCACGAUAUGUGCCUCCGGACGAGAGAAGACCGGCCCACACUCGACCAGCGACCAUGAAACGGAAGGACAGAAACCCGUUAAGGAUCAAUCUCGAAACUCUGAAUCCAUCUGAAUUGGUGGCGACAGAGCUCGACAAGCUUAUCGCGGCUGAAGAGGCUGGCGAAGUACAAACCACACAGCUUCUACCCGAAGCCGAACAGUUCGAAAGGGACUCCUUCAGUCUCCCCAAGCUAGCCCAAGCCCUGCAAGGUGAAAACGGGAUUGAGAUCAAGACACGACGCUGGCAUUUGCGUCUGUACUACAGUUGCUUCAUGGGCGAAGAUCUGACAAAUUGGCUAGUGCACAAUUUCAGAGACGUUGAUACGAGGGAGGAUGCUGUAGAAUUGGGCAAUGAUCUUAUGAAAGAAAACCUUUUCGAACACGUCAAUAGCAAGCACAAUUUCAAGGACGGGAACUAUUUCUAUUCCAUCAAGCCUGAGUUUCGCACCCAGCGAACGGAAGCUAGACAGUCAUGGUUUCCCGCCAGCCGACGCUCAGACCGAUCGAUCCCCCCCACCCCGGCGACAGAACAUCCAACCCGAGAGUUGCUCAGUGGCAGGUCACGCUCGGGUUCAAACCUCGCCAACCACGGACAGGUUGCCUCUGAACUUGCGAAGACGUUGGGCGACAAGAAAAGACGAACCGUGACCUUGAGCAAGAUGAUCCGAAUCGACGUGGACACGAGAAAACGGUCCAACAGACCCGAGAUCAUCAACUUGCAUUAUGACAGACUUCACAAUCCAGAGAACUGCUAUCAUCUCGAACUGUCUUGGUUCAACGUCACUUCGAAAUUGGUCGAUGACGCUGUUGUCAGCUGGACUACACAAGCCGAGAAGUACGGGUUGAAGCUCGUUGAAGUCCCCAUCGCAGAAGCGUGUAAGGUACCUGAGCACGAACCAUUUCGUGCCGCCUACCACAUCAAGCUUGCUCUCGAGCCUCCGCAGCGCAUCUCGGUCAGCACCAUGUACUUUACAGCUGUCUCCUUCGGGCCGCAAGCGCCAGUCAAUCCCGAUAUUCACUUCUACCAAAAGGCUCUACUUAAGCGGUUCAAUUUUGUACUCGACCUCGAAGCGCCCUCGGAAUUUCCAGAAAACGUUGAGAUUAAGUACUCCUGGGGAGACUUGGACUACCGCUAUACGCAAUUCGUACACCGUUCAGGAGUCGUCCUCGCCCAAAUCACCGAUGAAGGCGACAUCCUCCUGCUGGCAAAUAGGCUUUACAACUCCCGUCAAGCAUCUACAAAAGACUCAUCUUCAAAAUUCGACAGCAGCAAGAAAGACGUCACCCCCAAUGCAUCCAGCACCACGCUACUGCGUCCUCAAACGUUAUCCUCGACUCAUUCUGCCCCCAGCAUGCAAGCCUCAGGAAUUAUCGGGUUGAACGUACAAUCUCCCCACGCCGGACCCUUUGCAUCACCACUUAUUCGCCCCCUAAAUUCGACGCCGAUUCCCCCAGUGCAGGCGGGAACAGAUACGACAACAUCCACCACUAUCACGUCCACUUCGAGCGUCUCGUUGCCCCCUCCGCCUACGACGCCAAAGGUCACGGCCGACGUGCUCGGCACGCGCCGAGCCCUCAUUGCCUCUGGGUUCACGCACUAUGUCACUCCCGAACAAAUCAAAGAUGAUCUCGAAGCCUUCUGCGGUGACAAGGACCGGUUGGAACUCUUUUACCGAGAAGUCAGCGCGACACUGCCGGCUCAGCAAGCCGCGCUGAGAGAACGCGAGCGCGACCGAGAACAUGGAGGGUACGUGGGAGGACCAUCAAUAGGAAGGGACAGAGGAUACAGAACCGCCGGUACGGGUUCGAGCUUGCUCAGGCCGAUCAGGGAGCCCGAGACGGAGAGGGCCAUUCCGGAGUUUCGAUUGCCAGACCCGUUAAACGUUGGCUUGAAGAGGAAGGACCGGACCGGGUCGGGGUCUGGUAGCGUUGGCUCGACGACCAAUUCAUGA